UGUGUGUGUACUGUGGAGCCUGCUGGCCCAACUGUUGUAAAAGCCAUCGAAGGUGCACAGCCAUUUCACUGAAGAGCAACUUCUUGUGCGUUGACCCUUUCUGGACUAACAGAUGAACACGGAGACUGAAGAUGACUUUUAUCAGUCGGAGGAUGACUUGGAUGAAGAUGAGGCAACACAAUACAUAAUUGAACAAAGUCUGAUUCAGUAUAGAAAGCUCAAAGGACUGAAUCCAAGUGAUCUGAAAUCCGGUGAAGACCCUGAUGAGAUUUUCAAAGCAAUCAAGGAAGGUGAUGAAGAUGCACUGAACAGACUGGCGAUGCAACCGGAGACUCUGUCCAGAGUUGAUGAACGAGGAUGGAUCCCGCUGCAUGAGGCUGCAGCAGGCGAGAAUAAAAAGAUACUAGAGAUUAUCUUCUCAGCAUCAUCCCCGGGUGCAGCCCAGUGUCGUACUCUAAAGGGCGAGACACCAUUGUUUCUGGCUGUGGUUCAUGGACUCAGAGAGAACGCUACAUUCCUGUUACAGAACGGUUGUAGCCCGGAUCUCCAGAAUGAUGAGCAUGAUUCACCUUUAGUUGCAGCUAUUCUGAAUGACCAGUACGACUUGGCCACACUGUUGCUUCGCUACGGUGCCACGGUAGACCAAACAGGACCACUAAAUAGGACAGCACUACAUGAGUGUGCCUUUUUAGGCCUGGAGAACUUUGUCUAUCUGCUCCUAGAUUCUGGUGCGGACCCAAAUGCAUGUGACAUCAAAAAGAAAACCCCACUAGCUCUGGCUGCACAGAAUGGACAUCUGAACGUGGUGGAGGUCCUGUUACAGAAAGGUGCCCAUGUGUGGUGUGAAUCGGAAUCAGGCACCAUCUUGUUUGAAGCAUCAGCGUCAGGAAACCCUGACGUGAUCUCCCUGCUGCUGGAACAUGGAGCAGAUCCCAACCAACCUCUUUACAGUGGCCACCUCCCGCUUCACCGUGUGGCCUACCAUGGACACAUACUGGCACUGGAGCGCCUCAUCCCAGUCACUAAGCUGGAAGCUGUAAAGGAAAGUGGGAUGAGUCCUCUCCAUUCUGCAGCUGCUGGGGGACAUGCCCAUUGUGUGGAGAUGCUGCUCAAAGCUGGCUAUGAUCCAAACUUCAUGCUGCACCCCAGGGUGCGCCGCAACUAUGAUGAUGAGCGCAGGUCUGCCCUCUUUUUCGCUGUGUCCAACAAUGAUCUUCAGUGCACCCGCUUGCUGUUAGAGGCUGGAGCAAUGGUGAACCAGGAUCCUAUCAACUGUUUGCAGGUGGCUCUUAGACAGGGCAACUAUGAACUGAUCAACACACUGCUGAAGUCUGGGGCAAAUGUAAACUACUACUCCCGUGUCAACACCACUCACUUCCCCUCAGCAUUGCAGUACGCCUUGAAAGAUGAGGUUAUGCUGAGAAUGAUUCUGAACCACGGGUAUGAUGUAAAGCGUUGCUUCGACUGUCCGUAUGGCGACAGUUCCCAUGACUACGGUCCUUGGACAACUUCAGUCAUCAAAGACAUGGUGUUCUGUGAGGUGAUUACAGUGUCCUGGCUGAAGCACUUAUCUGCCCAAGUGGUGCGCAUCAUGCUGGACUACACCGACCAUGUCCCCUUGUGCACCAAACUGAAGGACACCUUGGAGGAGCAGCAACAGUGGCUGGAGAUCUGCCACAUUCAAAGAAACGCGCGGAGCCUGAAGCACCUUUGUCGGUUGCGGAUAAGGGAGCAUCUCAGUCACCUGCGCUUGAGAGCCCCAGUUUUCAUCAGCUACCUUCCUCUUCCUCCCAGGCUGAAAGAUUACCUACGUUACAAGGAGUUUGAUGUGUACAACAGGGGGAGCAUGGUCAACUUAUAGUGACAACACAUUGACAGUUGCCAGAUAUCACUGUGAUAAUGGGAUGGAGAAAGUCAGUAUACAUCAUCUGUUUGCAUUGAUAUUAUGUGUUUUGGAAAUGAUGUAGUUUUCCAUAAUAUUGCAAAGCAUAAAAUAUGUAUGUACUUUU